CUCAGCCCCCACCACUCUCCUCCUCCUUCUCCUCCUUCCCCUUCUCCUCCUCCUUCUUCUCCUCCUCCUCCCCUGUGCUCUGCUUUUGAUCCCACAGGGACUUGAAGCCUUUACAUUCCAGUCAUUCCAGCCGCAGCGAACAAUCGGCCCUCAGUUAUUUAUUAGUGCGGCUCGCUGCUCGCUCUGCUCAGUCUGCUGCUGGCCGUCGGCGCGCACACACGUACAUGGCAAGAGGAGAGGAAAGACGCUCGGGAAUCUUGUGGACAUUGUUGAAUCGAGCGCAAAACACUGAGAUCUAUAUAUUACAAGACCGCUUCGUGUGUGAUGAGAGUUUAAUCUGAUUUGUGAUCUAUAAAGUGCCUAAACUGCCACAUCCAGGCUGUUUUUUAGCUCAUUUCCUGCUGACUGAGAUGAGAACCGCUGAAGGCUCCUCUGGAACGGUCCUGCACCGUCUCAUCCAAGAGCAGCUCCGUUACGGGAACUUGACAGACACUCGCACACUUCUCGCUAUCCAGCAGCAGGCCCUGCGUGGAGGCAGCAGCGGCGGGGGCACAGGCAGUCCCCGCUCCUCUCUGGAGAGCCUGACUCAGGAAGAGUCCCAGUACAUGCAGAUGUCAACACGCCAGGAUCCCCAAGGCCAGGAGCACCAGGGGGACUUCCUGCACUCUGAGAGUUCUGUGUGCCAUUUGUACCAGCUCCAUGGAGAGGAGCUCCCCACAUACGAGGAGGCCAAAGCCCACUCUCAGUACCUGAUCUCACAGAAGGGGCAGGCAGAACAGGAAGGCCACGGCAUGGAUAUAAUUGGGGGGCACGGACAUAAUGAGGGACAGUGGGAUAUGAAGAGGGAGCAUGCUCGCUCCCUCAGUGAGAGGCUCAUGCAGCUCUCACUGGAGAGAAACGGACUUAGAGACAAUAUGGCAAUGAGCUCUUCACACAGCUAUCCACAGCUGUAUAAUAAUAAUGUAACAAACAUGGUGGCACCUGACAGGCAAGGAGUCCAACAGUUUGCAGAGCAGCGCGGGCCACCCCCGGACUAUCCUUUCUGUGCACAACUUCCUGGAUAUAUGCUGAGCCACUCACAGGAGCAUGGACACUAUUACAGAGACCCUCCUCCCCCUUUCUACUCACAGCACCACAGGUAUGUGUCCGCUCAAUCCCAGGUGGCUCACAACAGCAUCACUGCAGCCUCCAGCAAUAACUCAGUUCAGAAUGAUGUGUUGAUACGGGAGAACGAGAGGCUCAGGAAGGAGCUGGAAGUCUACACUGAGAAAGCAGCCAGACUUCAGAAGUUGGAGUUGGAGAUUCAAAGGAUAUCUGAAGCAUAUGAGACUCUGAUGAAGGGCUCUGCCAAGCGGGAAACUCUGGAGAAAACCAUGAGGAAUAAGCUAGAGGCCGAGAUUAAGAGGAUGCAUGACUUUAACAGAGACCUUAGAGAACAACUUGACACAGCUAACAAACACAGAGUGGCCAAGGAGACUGAGUGUACAGACCAGAAACAGCACGUCUUUCUUAAACUGUUGGAGCAAAAUGAAGAACAGCAGAGAGAGCGUGAACAUCUGGAGAGGCAGAUUCAGCAUCUGCGCGUUUCCGGGGACGAGAGCCAGCGGAGACGUGAGUUGCUUGAGCAGGCUCUGGCCUCAGCUCAGGGUCGCAACCGGCAGCUGGAGGAAGAGCUGCAGAGGAAGAGAGCCUACGUAGAGAAAGUGGAGCGGCUGCAGAGCUCGCUGGCUCAGCUGCAAGCAGCGUGUGAGAAGAGAGAAACUCUGGAGCUGCGGCUGCGCACUCGCCUGGAGCAGGAACUGAAAAGCCUCAGGGCGCAACAGUCUCAGAACCGGGCAGCGGACCCCAUGGCUUCAGAACUGAGCUCCUCCACUUCACAGCAGCAGAUGAGGGAGAAAGAGGAGCGUAUUCUGGCCCUGGAGGCAGACAUCACCAAGUGGGAACAAAAGUACCUCGAGGAGAGCACCAUGAGGCAGUUUGCAAUGGAUGCGGCUGCCACUGCUGCUGCACAGAGGGAUACAACCAUCAUCAACAAUUCACCCCGACAUUCACCAAACAGCAGUUUCAAUGAAGACCUGCCUUUGUCUAGUCACAGACAUCAGGAGAUGGAGAACAGGAUCCGAGCACUUCACGCUCAGCUCCUGGAGAAGGAUGCUGUGAUCAAGGUCCUCCAGCAGCGCUCCAGAUGGGAGCAGGGCAAGCUGGAGAGACAGGGGCUUCGUCUCGCCAGGUCCGUCCCCUCCAUCAACACUGUGGCCAGCAGCACAGAGUCUAAAGGGAAGAGCCUCUCUGAUGACCAGACAGGUGCUGCCUCGCUGCAACACAAACCCUGUGUGGUGCCCAAGCGCCCGAGCCGAGACUCUAGCACCCAAAGUGACGAGGUCCCGCAGGAGCCUGAGCUCACAGCAGAGUCGACAGAGGCGAUCUCAGCAGCUACCACCGACACCUCAGAGGAGCCUAAGGCACCACUCAGGACACUCAAAAACAUCAACGGCACAGAUGCAGAGAUGGUUGAAAUCCUCAUAUGAGGGUUCACUGAACUGAACAGUGAAAGCCAGCGAUGACAGACACUUUUGGCUGAGGUGUUAAAGGCGUUUCUCUGCAUCUGACCAAGGUGAUCAUCUGACAUGAACAGUUUCCCUUGAAUCAACAUGCAGAGUCCAGAAUGUGGCACGGUUUGGUGAGGAGAGCUGAGCUUUCUUCUUCUGCACAAGUCACAAACUCUUAAAUCUCGCCACGUUCCCUCACAAGUCAGAAUUCUUCACGGUACCUGGACAGUAUUCUGCAUUAUGUUUGGAAUCUGGCUGCUGAUUGUGGAUAUACAUACUGUAUGUUGUGCAUGUUAUUUUUGUAGUUAUCUAUUGUAUUUAUAUUUGUAAAUGCUGCUCAUCUUGUGGUGUCUUUUUUUCUGUUUGGGAGGUGUUUGCUUCACCUUUUUCAUUUAUAUAUAAAUGGCUCACUUUUCUAGAUUAUGUACACAACCAAUGUUUUUUUUCGGUUUAUCUUGAAUUCCCAGUAGCAUAACCAUCACCAUGCCCCCUGAAAGUAAUGCAAAUAUUUAUAAAAGCAUCUUUUAUGUCUUCAUGCCAUGUUUGAGGAUUAUUCUGUUUAACAGAACUACUCGAACCUAAAUUAACAGUUGCUCCUCUUUUUAAAAUACACCCAGAGGCCUGCUCACAGCUCAACUGAGGAUUUGGAAACUUCCUUUGAAUGCGGAGCCUUCAGAAUGUCUGCCCGUUCUCUCUUAAAAAAGCUUGUGAGGAUUGACAGUGUUUCACGGGGGUCUAAUUUUCCAGAUCCCGGGUUAAUGUUUGGGGCCCCAGAUGGCGACUGCCCAGCAUUUCGCUCCCCUCUGCUGACACGCUGGAGCUAAUCUUCUCACAUUCCUCGCUGAGGGAAUGCUCCCGUUAAAGAAAAAGGCUAUCUAAAGUCUGACCCCUCGCCCUUGUUAAAAUGGCACGCAUUCUCCACAUGAUUCCUUUUCUGGGACUGGUUAUUUCUUCUGACCCAUGGUAGCUGGUUCUACCAUGAGUGCAGAAAUGGUCAACUAUAAUUGGCUUGCAUUUGCCAUUCUAUUUGUUGUCCCCAUCACUGUGUUAUAUUCAGCUGUGUUUUCUCCAUUGCUCAAGUAUCUCACAUUUCUGAGUCCUUAACAUGGAAUCUUCUAUUUAUUUCUCCCUGUAUAUUGUAGGAUCACUGAACACUGCUGAAUGUAGACUCCUGUUUUCCAGGAAUGUGUUUUGUAUUUAACUGGAAUGUGCCAGAAUUCAGAUUUGUUCUACACUAAGAGGGGAAUAUCGCAAAAAAAAAAAUUCAACAUAAAUACAUUUCUGAAGAAGCUAAUAAUUAUUAUCCAGCGCCAACAUUUUUCCUGUCAUAAUGCAGUUGCUGGUCAAUGCAAUGUGUCAGUUUGAGUUAAUGCCCUUCACUUUUUUUGGAAUGUGUUUACAUGAAUGGCUAUUUGAAGUGAGAGAAGUUAAUAUAUUUUGUAGUUUGUUUGUUUUUUCAUUUAUAUUCUUGUAUUUGUUUUGUUUUCUGGUGCCAAAGAUGUACUCUACUUUUUAAGUUAUAACCGAUGACAAAUACAAAAGGCUCUGGUGAGGUGCCUUGCUUCAGCUGGUUGACCCAUUUUGAUGUUGCUGUGAACUUUUGUAAAGUAUGUAUUCCUUAAUAUUUCACAAUAAUAGAUUAAAAUUCUUAAUAUAUGUCUGAUAA